UUUACAUGAGAUUAGAAUUUAACCUUCUCUGCUUUGACCAAUGUUACCAAAUACUUUGUACAAAACCGGCAAGCAACGAGCAAAUUAAGUCAGUACAUUGUGAAAUCUUUGCAAGAGAAGUAAUUUUGUCCUUAGAAAUAUAACAUCGCAUUUAUUGGUGUAAAUUAUUAUUUUUAAUUACAGUCAUAAAAAUAUGAUUAAGGGAGCAGUAAGUUUGGUGACUGGUGGAGCCUCUGGAUUGGGAAAGGCGACGGUAGAACGAUUAGUUCAACAAGGAUCUCGAGUAGUACUUUGUGACUUACCAGCUUCGAAAGGAAAAGAAGUAGCAAACACUAUAGGCGAAGAUAAAGUACUGUAUGCACCAGUUAACGUUAUUUCAGAGGAAGAUGUCAAAAAUGCAUUAACGGCAGCCAAAGAUAAAUUCGGAAGAUUGGAUAAUGUGAUAAACUGUGCAGGAAUUGGUGUAGCAUUUAAAACUUAUAAUUUUAGGAAGAAUGCACCUCAUAGUUUAGAAGAUUUUGCCAAAGUUUUACAGGUUAACACCAUUGGUACUUUCAACGUUAUUCGACUUGCCGUAGGAGUUAUCGGGGAAAAUGAUCCAGAUCAACACGGCUGUAGGGAGUUGUCGUAAAUACAGCUAGUAUAGCAGCAUAUGACGGUCAAAUGGGCCAGGUAGCAUAUUCUGCUAGUAAAGGAGCUAUAGCUGGUAUGACUUUGCCUUUAGCUAGAGAUUUGGCGAGUCAAGGGAUCCGUGUGGUUACUGUAGCACCUGGUCUAUUUAAAACACCUUUAUUUGAUGCAUUGCCUGAUAAAGUAAUUCAAUUUUUAUCGAAAUCUGUUCCAUUUCCCCCAAGACUUGGUAAUCCAGAAGAAUUCGCACAUCUAGUUCAGAGUGUAAUAGAAAAUCCAAUGAUGAAUGGUGAAGUUGUUAGACUGGACGGAGCUUUGAGGAUGCAACCAUAAGCGCUAUGAAUAGAUGUUAAGAAUACAUGAUUUUACACUUCAUAUAAUAUAUAUUAUAAUAUUAUAUAAUUUCUUAAUGUAGUUUUUUAAAUAAAAUUAUUCCGUAAUU